AUGGCGCAGCAGCAGCAGGGCGCCCUGCCGCCGUCGGCGACCGAGGCCGUCCUAGUGCCCACCGAAACCCUCCCCGACGGCCCCGUGAUCCGCGGCUACGACUUCAAUGCGGGCCGCGACCUGGACGGGCUCAUGGGGGCGCUGCUGACGUCAGGCUUCCAGGCCAGCGCCCUGGGCCAGGCCGUGGUGGAGGCCAACCGCAUGAUUGACUGGCGUCUGAGUGACGAGCCUGUGGGCCCCUCCACGGACCCCGAGCACGCUGACCCGGCCUUCAGGGCCGCCACGCGCACCAAGAUCUACCUCGGAUACACCAGUGAGCGGCGCCAUCGAUGA